AUGGACAGCCUGGAGAGGCAGCUUAUCUGCCCGAUCUGCUUGGAGUUGUUCUCCAAGCCCGUUGUCAUCCUGCCCUGCCAGCACAAUCUCUGCCGGAAGUGUGCCAAUGACAUAUUUCAGGUGAGGCGCCUCAUGACCUCCCGUGGUACGACCCUGGGAUCUGGUGGCCGGUUUCGCUGCCCAUCUUGCCGCCACGAAGUGGUCCUGGACCGUCAUGGCAUCUAUGGGCUGCAGAGGAACUUGCUGGUGGAGAACAUCAUCGACAUCUACAAGCAGGAGUCUGCCAGCCCCCGACCUCUGCUGAAAACAGAGUGCCCAACCUGUGAGGAGCAUGAGGAAGAGAAGAUCAACAUCUACUGUGUUACCUGUAGCGUCCCCACCUGCUCCCUCUGCAAGGUCUUUGGGGAGCACAAGGCCUGCGAGGUCGCCCCUCUGUCAGAUGUUUACCUGAAGCAGAAGUCUGAGCUGACCAAUGGCGUAGGAGCCCUGGUAGCUGCCAGUGACCGGAUCCAGGUCCUGGUCAAUGACCUGCAGGACACCUGCCGGAACGUAGAGGACAAUUGUAAGGCGCAGAAGCAGACAUUAAACGAAAAGUUUGACCGCAUGUCAGCCAUCCUGGAAGAGCGGAGGAAGAUCAUGCUUCAGCGUGUGUCCUAUGAGCAGGCGGAGAAGACGCAGCAUCUGCGGACGCUGACCCGCGCCUACAGCGACCACAUCGAAGCCGCGUCCAAGCUGGUGGACACGGCGCUGCAGUCCAUGGAGGAGCCCCACAUGCCGCUUUUCCUGCAGAAUGCCAAGGUCCUCAUUCAGAAGAUUUCCGAGGCCAUGGAAGGUUCUGAGCUGGAGUCGGUGGAAUUGGGUUAUGCCAACAUGGACCAUUAUGCUGUGGACUUCAACGCCGAGGAGCGGGCACUGUAUCAACUGGACUUCAUCAAGAUGGAGGAACCCGAGGAGACGGUGGUGGCUGCGGAAGUGGAGGAAGAUCCACAGGCUGAGGAGGCCCGAGCAGAAGGAGCAUCAGACGUCCCUGGAGCCACGACUCAGGAGCCUACACAGGCUGAGCUCGAAGUCGGGGCCAAGGAAGAGGUCAAAGGGCUGCUAGCUGUUUGGCAGAACCAGGAGCUCAGUGCUGCUGCAGAGAAGAUUCCAGAGCCCUAUGGAGAAACUGGUGGAGUCCCUGACACCUGGCAGAAACCGCCCAGUCUGCCCGCCAGACACGAUGCCCAGGAUAACACUUCUGGGCCCGCAGAUGCACCUCCGAUGCUGGGCCCCUUUGGGCUGGAGGCUGCAGGGAGCCCCUCGAGAGAGGGGGAGGAUGAGGAGGGCCAGGGGCAGGUAUCAGCCCUCUGGAGAGGCCAGUUAGGAUGGGGCCGCUCUCUGCCCCCGGGACUGGGAACUGCUCCGGAUCUGGACUCCAUCUCUCCCCUGGCUCCCCCGGCCCUUCCAUCCCCAUCCACGUUCCCCUUCUGGGUGCUGAGGCUCCUGGGCCCUGGGGAAUCUUCACAGGUCGGUGCGGACCCUGGGGGCGACCCCACCCCCUUCACCUCCCCAAGCUGA